AUGGUUGAAGGUGAACACCAACAUCAUGUGCGAGAUGGCAUACAUUUUCUCUUAAUUGCUCUAUUUAGUGCUGUAAAUGACUUAACUGCUAUAAAGACAAUCAAAGAAACACCGUUUACAGUGAAUUACUUGAAGGGGGCAUCCAAACUUGCCUAUGGUAAUGGCAGCUCACAGCAACAGCAACAGCAGGAGGAACAUUGCCUAGUUUGUGUUAAUACGUAA